GCCGGCAACGUUGCAAAUGUUUUAUCCGAUACGUCAACGUCUUGCGCUGACGUUUAUGCGCCUGUGAUUUUUACAUAAACAGUGAAGCUUUGUUGUGAUGUCACAGAAUAUUUUUAAUCUUAAAAUUAAAGGGUUUUAUAAGAAUAAUUUGGUGAAUUUCAAGUGCCUGGAUUAAAUAUAUUAAAUGGACUAAAUAAGGUGCAGAUAUAAUGUAUGGUGCGUUAAUAUUUUAAAUCAAAACAACAAUUCAGCGUAAAAUGUCAAUAGAGUUUCUAAUUUAGGAGAGUGGUAUUAAAACUUAAUUAUUAGUAUGAGUGAACCAGAUGAAGAUGUUGAAUUGGACCCGAGGAUACAAAUAGAGCUGGAGAAAUUGAAUUCGACUACAGAUGAAAUUAACAAGUUAGAAAUUGAGUGUGAUGAGGCAAAUACAACAUUCCGAAUGUUACUUAACGAGUCUACAAGGAGGCUAAAAUUGUUGUCUAAAAAACUAGGCAGCUGUAUCGAAAAAUCUCGUCCGUACUACGAAAUGUUGGAGGUCUAUAAAAAAUCGCAAAGGGAGUGCCAGGAAGCGGCUGUUCUCUACCAACGAGCACAUGGAGUUCAUGCAGCAGCAAAAGAAACAGUUGCUUUGGCAGAGCAAAGAUUUUUGAUACAUCAGCAUGAAUGGCAGUUUGAUAAUGCUUGGCAAGAAAUGCUUAAUCAUGCUACAAUGAAGGUAAUGGAGGCAGAAAAUCAGAAAGCUGAAAGUGGAAGAGACCAUCAAAAAAGAGCCCAGGCUUUCAAAGAAGUCGAUGAAAAAUUAAAAACCCUUGAAGAAAAGCUUCAAAAAUCUAUUAUAAAAUCGCGACCUUAUUUUGAUGAAAAAAUACUUUGCCAGGAGCAAUUAAACACUCAAAAAGAACGCAUAGAAGCCAUUAAAAAAGAGAUCACCAAAACUAAGAAUUAUUACUCGGAUACUCUGAAGAGUUUGGAGCAAAUCUCGAAUGAAAUUCACAUGAAGCGACAAAGAAAACAAUCGAAAUGCGAGGCAGAAUUACUUAAAGGCCCCCGCGAACCUGGAGUGGGAGCAGAAUUGGAACCGAUCUUCGCUGAAUUGCCGACUAAAAACCAAUUCGUUUCCUUACCUGAUAUUACAAUGGAAUUGGAUAAAUGCGAGCUGCAAAGUCUUGGCUCCAUGAGUCAUACCACGAGCUCUGCUGUUAGCUUAAAGGAUGAACAUGAGGUAGACAAUUUGGAAGAGUUGGAUGACUUCGACGUUAAAAUGCAGGGGUUGAGUGUCAGAGCUAAAGGAGAGGGGAAAAGUUUUGAAGGGGUCUGGAGUGAUGAAACCAAACCCGAUUUGUUUAAUAAUCCUUUGGUUUAGACCUAAAGGAUUUAACAUUUUAUUGGUAUUAUUAAAUUUUAAAAGUAUUAUUGUUAUUAGAGAGUAGAAUUUCAUUGAUUCACUGCUAUUUUGUGUAUCUCACUCACUAUUAUAAUAGAUAUUCUAUUUAACAGUUUGUUAUUUAUUUUCUUAUUUUAUGAAAUCAAACACUUAAAUAAAGUUUUAUUUAACGUU